AUGACCGGCGGUCUCCACGGCAUCAUCGACAAGAUCACGCACCACUCGCGCCCCAACUCGCGCCCGACCUCGCCCGUCGCCGGCUCGGCCCGCAAGUCGCUCGACUCGUCCAGGCACGCCGCGAGCACCCACAGCACCGACAGCGGGCCGGUCCACCUCAACGCCAACGGCGAGCCCGAGUCCAAGAGCGAGAUGAAGAAGCGCCUCAAGCAGGAGGAGAAGGACAAGAAGAAGCAGGAGGCUGCCAAGAAGGCUGCCGAGAAGGAGGCGGCCGAAAAGGCCAAGAAGGCGGCGCUCGAGGACGACUACUCGCCCGAGAGCUACGGCAAGCUCCCGCUCAACAACUCGUCGACCCGCUCGGGCAUCAAGCGCACCAAGCUCGAGGAGAUCACGCCCGAGCUCGAGGGCCAGACUGUCUUUGUCCGUGCGCGCCUCCAGGGCACUCGCGCCCAGGGCGCCAAGAUGGUCUUUGUCGUCCUGCGCCAGCAGGACCACACGAUCCAGGGCCUCGUCGUCGUCGAGCCCGAGCUCGUGUCCAAGAAGAUGGUGCGCUGGGUCGAGGGCGUCAACGACGAGUCGAUCGUGCUCGUCGAGGCCGUCGUCCAGCGCGCAAAGGAGCCCAUCAAGUCGUGCACGAUCCACGACGUCGAGCUCAAGGUCCGCAAGAUCCACACCAUCUCGGAGGCGCCGUCGAUGCUGCCGUUCAACAUGAACGACGCCCUGCGCCCGAUGGACGCGACCGAGGGCGUCAACGUCGCGCUCGACACGCGCCUCGACAACCGUGUCCUCGACCUGCGUACGACGACCAACCAGGCCAUUUUCAAGAUCCAGUCGGGCGUCGGCAACCUGUUCCGCGAGUUCCUCAACAACCAGGGCUUUGUCGAGAUCCACACGCCCAAGCUCCAGAGCGCCGCGACCGAGUCGGGCGCGAGCGUGUUCCGCGUGUCGUACUUCAAGAGCAUCGCGUUCCUCGCCCAGUCGCCGCAGCUGCACAAGCAGAUGUGCAUCGCGGCCGACAUGGAAAAGGUGUACGAGAUCGGCCCCGUGUUCCGCGCCGAGGACUCGAACACGCACCGGCACCUGACCGAGUUCAUGGGCCUCGAUCUCGAGAUGGCGUUCGAGGAGCACUACCACGAGGUGAUGGAGACGAUCGACGGCAUGCUCAAGCACAUCUUUGCCGGCCUCCAGCAGCGGUACGCGCACGAGAUCGACACGGUCCGCGGCCAGUUCCCGCACGAGCCCUUUACGUGGCUCCCCGAGACGCUCGUCCUCAAGUUUACCGACGCCAUCAAGCUCCUCCAGGAGGCGGGCGUCCAGCAGGGGACGCCGCCUGCGCCCAUCGGCGACUACGACGACAUGUCGACCUCGAGCGAGAAGGCGCUCGGCAAGAUCAUCAAGCAAAAGUACGGCACCGACUACUACAUCAUCGACAAGUUCCCGCUCGAGAUCCGCCCCUUCUACACCAUGCCCGACCCCAACGACCCGAAACUGUCCAACUCGUACGACUUCUUCAUGCGCGGCGAGGAGAUCCUGUCGGGUGCGCAGCGCGUGCACGAGGCCCCCCUGCUCGUCGAGCGCAUGAAGGAGGCCGGCAUCCAGCCGGACGACAUGAAGCCUUACCUCGACGCGUUCAAGCUCGGCUGCCCGCCGCACGCCGGUGGCGGUAUCGGCCUCGAGCGUGUCGUCAUGCUCUUCCUCCAGAUCAACAACAUUCGCCGCGCGUCGCUCUUCCCGCGUGACCCCAAGCGCACGACGCCUUGAGCGCCCUCUCGUCUCCCCCCCUCCCUCCUCCUUCGUCGGUCCUCUCUUCGCCGGCUCGUCAGUCCCACUCCCUCCCUUGUGCGCGCGAAGCGCCUCUUCCUCGUGCACCCUCCUGAAUCUGAAGAUCAACCCUCCCCGCUCUCCCCCUUUCGUCCCUCUCUAGAUGUAACUCGGCUCUCGUUCCUCCUUGCC